UCUCCCUCUACGCGCCAAAAUACAUCUGCUCUCAAGAAAAUAUCGAAAAUCAUAGUAGCAGAGAAAAUCUUUCAGAUUUUUACCAUGAAAAUCCAGUUCUUGAAUGUCAUUGUUAGGUUAAAAAUCAAUAGAGAAAAACACAACAAGUGGAAAAACAGAGAACAAGAUAGCAAGUCGUGGAAAUUCAUUUUUCUGGAAUAACUGCUCUGAAAUUCUCGUCAGGUUCUUGUUUAUACAUUAAUUCUAUUCCUUAGAAGUUAUAUACUUUUUUGUACAUUUCUUGUUGUGGCAAUUGUAGAGUAAAAGAUUGUAUACUAUGUAAUUGUGGAAAUUACUAAGUCGUGAACUUUUUGGUGUGGGAAGAAUAGACUGAACCUUUUGGUGUAGAAUUUCGAAACUUAACUAUUCUGUUCUUUGGUGUACUAGACUUUGACUUGAAAGCAAAUAAAUUUAAAAGUUUAUCAUUUUAACUUAUAAAUAAAAUUAGAUUUGAAUAUCUUAUGAAUCAAGGUUAAUUGAUCGUCAAACUAGUAUAGUUAUGCACCAUUUUCUUUCAUUAUUGCUUGUUGAAUUGUAUCAAUCAAAUAAAAAAUUUGGAGGUUAGCAGGGACUAUGCCUCAUAAUUACUUUAUAAGUCAAGUGUUAAGUAAAAGCUACAACAAAGUAAGUGCUCACUUAUGAUAUGUAUCUUACUUUCUCUUGUUUAAUGGUAGAUUUAUGGAGAUCCCAUCUCAAAAGAAACAUAUGGAUGUUUCUAAUUUAUUUGAGCCAAUAAAACUUGGGAUGACAUUUGAUUCAGAAGAGUAUGCAUAUGAAUACUACAACAAAUAUGCUGCUACAAUUGAGUUUAGUGUUACAAAAGAAUAUGCAAACAAAAGUAAAGUCCACAGAUAUGUGACUUCGAGAAAAUUUACAUGUUAUAAAGAAGGUUAUAGAGGAAGAGACAAGCGAGAAGCGAUGGUCAAGAAACCUAGAAAGGAAACUAGGACGGGUUGUUUAGCUCACAUGGUCGUAAGUCGUCAAUCAAAUGGGAAGUUUUCUGUCAUUUCAUUUGAAGAGAAGCACAAUCAUCCUCUCAUUCCUCCAUCUCUAGCGCAUAUGCUGCCAUCGCAAAGGAAUAUUAAACUUUCUUUAGCAUAUGAAAUUGACUUAUUGGAUGAUUCAGGAAUAUGUCCUAAACCAUCUUUUGACUAUGCUUUUCGUCUAGCUGGGGGAAAAGCUUCUUUAGGUUAUACAAAGAGGGAUCACAUAAACUAUCUUCGUGACAAAAGAAAAGAAAGUCUAAAGCAGGGAGUGGCUCGUAGUUUGGCCGAUUACUUUGAAAAAAGAGUAAUAAAAGAUCCAUCUUUUCGGUUUUCUUUACAAUUUGAUGAUGAUGGUUUGAUAACAAAUAUUUUCUGGGUUGAUGCUAAAAUGAUAAGGGAUUUUCAGAUUUAUGGAGAUGUUGUAUCAUUUGAUACAACAUAUAGAACAAAUAAGGAGUAUCGACCAUUGUCUUUGUUUGUUGGAUUAAAUAAUCAAGGGAAAUGGUUGUAUUUGGUGCUGCCCUUUUAUACGAAGAAACAGCUGAAGCAUUUGAAUGGCUUUGUACUGUAUUUUUUAGAGCUAUGUCUGCAAAUAUGCCACAAACAUUCAUCACAGAUCAAGAUCCUGCAAUAUAUUUAGCAGUCUCAUUAGUGAUGCCACAAACAUAUUAUCGUCUAUGUAUAUGGCACUUGGAACAAAAUGCAUUUAAACAUCUUAACCAUAUCUUUAGAGCUCAUAAAUCAUUUCCGAGUGAUUUUAGCAAAUUGCUUUAUUAUUACGAGUAUGAAGAUGAUUUUCUAAAUGCAUGGGAGGAAAUGCUUGAGAAGUACGACCUUAAGGAUAAUAGUUGGUUGAAAAACACUUUUGCUAUAAGGGAAAAGUGGUCCAUGACAUAUGGUAGAAAUGUAUUUUCAGCAAGUAUGCGAAGUACACAAUUGAGUGAAAGUUUUAAUGGAUCACUAAGGGGCUACUUGAAAUCCGAUUUAGAUAUUGUACAGUUCUUUAAGCAUUUUCAAAGAGCUAUUGAUGAUAAGUGUGCUAAUGAAAGUAAGUCAAAUUUUGAUAUUACCCAACGAAUAUCUGUCUUGAAGGUUAAGCUUCCUUUAUUGAUCCAUGCGAGAGAAAUAUAUAAUGUAACCAUAUUUGAUUUGUUCGAAAAGAAGUGGGAAAGGUCAUUACUUGUCUCUAUAAAUGGCUUUCAUGAUGAAGGAGAAUUUUGUAAAUACAAUGUUAGCACGCAUGGAAGUCGCAGAGAACAUGUAGUAGUAGUGAAGUGCUCAACAAAGGUAGUCUCUUGCAGUUGUAAAUUGUUCGAAUUUUCGGGUGUACUAUGUGGACAUGCUCUAAAGAUUCUGGACACAUUAAAUAUCAAAGAUAAGAUUCCUGACCAUUAUAUAUUAAAAAGGUGGACAAAAGAUGUUACCAACUUGGUUGCAAUGGAGAUUAAAGUGUUUAGUGAGGGAGGUGAUUCAAAAGUUGAAGUUAGUAUAAGGUAUAGACAUUUAGGCCAAACUCUUGUCCAAAUUGCAAGUGAAGCUUCAGAAUCCAAAGAAGGAUAUGAGUUGCUUGCAAAGUAUUCCAACGAGAUAAUUGCAAAGUUGAAGGAAGUAAAAAUAAAAAAUGAAUCUCAUGAAAGUCCACCAGUUCCAAGCAAAGUUCUCCAUGAUGAGACAAUAUUUGUUGAUAGUGCAAAUGUCACAAAGGUGAUAGGGUUAAAGAAGAAGCAAUCAACUCGUCGCUCCAAUACUCGACCAAAGAGUUUUGUGGAAAAGACCAGGAAGACGAAGAAUAAGAUUCAAUCGCCAGUAUCUCCUCCAUUGCAAACUGUCCAACAUGUAAGUCACCUUGCAGACCUCCAAGCACCAUGUCCGCCAUUGUCUAAUGCCACAACGAAUACGGGAUAAAUUCUUACCCAUGGUAUUCUUCAGAGUUGUCUCAGCUAACAUCUCAUGGAAGUCUAUCUCAACUCCUAAGAGAUAUUUCAUUUCAUAAUUUAAAGAAGCACUCUCAAGGUUGAUCGCCAAUAUCAUGAAAGAACGAAGGUUGCAUAGCAGUAUAACUUUGUCAACACAAAGAUGAUUUCAGAACUAUUUAUUCCAAAAACAAUCAGUGACUUUUUCCAGCUUUGGAGUAUAGUUUAUAAAUGCUUCCAUAUUGAAAAAUAUAAUUCUCUGUUAUGACAAACAUCAAAUUGCAGUAGAAUUGAGAUAAUUCU